AUGUCAGCCAACGAGUCGAAGCGUCGUUCUGGAUUCAGACCACUGGAUGAGACUGAAGCAUUCCAGUAUCAGCCCUUGGACGAAGGAAUCGAUUGCACCAGAUUUUUGAGGAUCAACCCUGCAAGCGAUGAUAUGGAUCUUAUCAGCUGCGACUUGGUGCACAUUGCAUUCGGCGCAAGGCCAACCUAUGAUGCCUUGUCGUACAGAUGGGGCGAGGAGGCUGUUACACAGUCAAUCGCCCUAAACGGCCGUCCCUUCUCCGUGGGCAAGAAUCUCCACGAUGCCCUCUUCUAUCUCCGAAAUCAAGGAGAAGUUGGCCUUCUGUGGGUUGACGCAAUCUGUAUCAACCAAUUAAACAUACAGGAGCGCAAUAGACAGGUCUCCAUCAUGAGUCACAUAUACUUCAGAGCAGACACGGUCGUGAUCUGGCUCGGAAGCGCUUAUUCGGCACACGGUGGAAAUACGAGCCCUCUUGUCUCGAGCGUGACGCCUGACGACGUUUUUCGAGACGCCCCCUUGCGCUCUUUCACCACCUCCCACCCACGUGGUGAAAAUGAUUCAGCGAGUCUGAUUCUUCAGCGCAAGAUGAUGCUUCAGUUGGCAAAGGACGAGUACUGGAAGAGAGUCUGGAUUAUUCAAGAGAUUGGGCUUGCCCAGAAUAGACGCGUAUGUUUCGGUACUACAGCCAUGUACUGGAAUGACUUUAUCACGACGAUGACGCUGCAUAAGAUUCCUUUGCAAGGACCUAUGCUGUUGGAUGAGGAAAUUGAUAAGAGAUUUCAAGGCUCUCAUAGACUCAAGAAACUCCUCUCCCAGCACAAACACGCCCUCUGCAAGGACCCCAGGGACAAGAUCUAUGGGUUGAUCGGCCUUGCGGUGGAUGGCCACGGCUUUCCGAAAAUCGAUUACAACAAAUCACUGUUCCAGAUCUGGAAAGACACUAUGGAGUUCAUGAACAGCCAUCAAAUGUUUCAGGAAGGAAAAGAGGAUGACAUUAUCGAAUACGGAACGUUGGUGAAAUUCCUUCUGAUGGGAGUGCAGAGCACACCACUUCAAGAAGUGAUACGGCCAUAUACCACAGGAGGCGUAGUUUCAUUCGACACAAAUGAAGAUGAACCCGGAAUCUUCCGCAUAAUGGGGUCUUUGAUUGGUUGUAUCCAGUCUGUUGGGCCUUCGGCAAAAGAUAUCGUCGGUAAACUGAGCGAAGUUGAUGAAUGGUCUUCCAGAGUGCAAGACAACUACCGACAUAAUCUUGGCUCUGCCUUUGCGCAAAGCAUCGACCUUUUAAGGGCCAUCUUGAGAAAGACAGAAGCGGAAGUAUCAAAACUUUGUUUCAAUCAUAAAAGUACCGUCUCAUGGAGUUACCAUGACAGGUACAUGGAAGGAACUAUACUAGGGGAAUGUCUGACAUGGCCAACAAAGGAGAAGUCAAGACUUGGGUCGAGUGAGGAUUCCAUCUACCUCGAAACUACUUUCAGAACGAAAAAUACAGCAGAGGCUCUGUUGUAUCAGCUCUACACUGGCAAUUCAAUAAACAAUCCGACAUCAUGGAAGAUGGGGGUUGCUUCGGGCCAAGCAGCAGGGGGGGAUCUUAUUUUCUGGGUCCAGGGCACCAAAACGGCAUUGCUCGUUAGACCAACAGAGGUUUCCACAUUUUGGGGACGUAAGCCCAGCUACACGGACUGUGGCGCAAAGCUUCAGGUAGUAGGCACCGCAAUGGUUGCUGAAGACAUUGCGGACCCAAGUAUUGAUCAUCCUGCACGGUUAGACAAGUUGACCAAAGAGGGGUGGGGUCGGAGAUUGGAGUUGAAGCUGGAUGCUCCAACGGUCUACAUCAUCUUACCAGGCGCUCAGCACGACUAG